UAAUUGAGAGUCUAAAUAGUCAAAGAUGACGGCCGAGUCUUUGUUUCUUAUCACUCUCAGUCUUAUCUUAUCUUCUGCAACUCUGCCAUUAACGCCGGACAGUAAGGUCGUCCGCCAUAGCCAUGACCAACCGCCACUUCCUUCUCGUUUGCUGCCCAGCCCAGGGCCAGCUCAACCCCACUUUCGAGCUCGCCAAGCGCCUCACACGCGCCGGAGCACGCGUCACUCUCGCCACCACCGUCCGUGGCCUCCGUUCAAUGCCCACCCUCCCUGAAAUCGACGGCCUCUCCUACGCCGCCUUCUCCGACGGCUACGACGACGGAAACGUACAGAAGGACGUUCCCGGCCGGGUGAUGGACGAGCUGCGGCGCGCCGGGAGCAAAUCACUGGCCGAACUGAUCACUACCCUCGCCGACGACGGCCGUCGGGUGAGUUUCCUUGUCUAUUCCCUCCUCCUCGGCUGGGCCGCCUCCGUGGCUCGUGACAUGCAGGUGCCCUCCGCUUACCUUUCCGUUCAGUCUGCAACUUGUUUCGCUAUAUACCACAGGUUCUUCAACAGAAGCGACGGUCUCUGCCAUGGCGGUACCGCCGAUAUUGACCCAUCCAUUUCGAUAAAAUUAGCCGGAAUGCCGUUGCUAUCAUCCAACGACAUCCCGACGUUUCUCUUGCCGAACAGUCCACACAAUUAUGCGAUCAAGUCCUUCCAAGAACACAUAGAAACCCUAGAAGACGAUCCAAACCCUUGCGUGCUUGUCAACACGUUUGAUGCGUUGGAAGAAGACGCAAUCAGAGCCGUCGAUUCCAUGAACUUGAUCGCGAUCGGGCCGUUAGUUCCAGUUAUUUUCAGUGAUGAAGAAAGAGAGAUCUCAGAUUCGUCCAUGAGAAUUGAUCUCUUCGAGCAGUCCAGAGAGUACCUCGACUGGUUAAACUCAAAGCCAGAUUCCUCGGCGAUCUACGUCUCGUUCGGAAGCCUGGUGGCGUUACAGCAGAAGCAAACGGAAGAGAUUUUCCGAGCACUCGUGGCGAGUCACCGGCCGUUCCUGUGGGUGAUUAGAUCGUCGGAGUACGGAGGAGAAGUGAAGGACAUGAUCGAGCCAGAGUUGAGCGAAGAAACCGGAUUGAUAGUGCCGUGGUGCUCGCAGACGGAUGUGCUGCGCCACCGGUCGAUCGGGUGUUUUGUGACGCACUGCGGGUGGAACUCGGCGGUGGAGAGCCUUGUCGCCGGCGUGCCAGUGGUGGCGUGUCCGCAGUUUUCCGACCAGACCACGAAUGCUAAGGCGGUGGAGGAGGUGUGGGGCACCGGCGUGAGAGCGGCGGCGAAUGGAGAAGGGGUGGUGGAGAGAGAAGAGAUGAAGCGGUGUUUGGAGGCGGUGAUGGGCAGCGGAGAGAGAGGGGAAGAGAUCAGAAGGAAUGCAUUGAAGUGGAAGCAGCUGGCCAUGGAAGCUGUCAAGAGCGGUGGUCCUUCACACUCCAACUUGAACCACUUCUUGUCCACGUUACCUUAAAUUUUACGCCGGUAUCAGAUUUAGGGUGCGAUGAUCGAUUAUAAUGUUAAAUUGAAGCUAAUUGAGACGGGGAUAACCAAUUUUAGGAGAUAUCUCUAGUUUGCGUCGCACAUUGGCUAACAGGGGAUUGAUGUAUAAGGGAUCGGUGUGUGGGUUUUAUCUCCUGCCCCCUUACUCGGCCUUCUCUUUUUCAAUUUAUUUUCGUCGAGCAAAUGUUAUCUUACUUGAUAUAAGUAAUAUAACAAAUCCGAUCAAUUGUAAUGUUAAAUUUAAAUAUUUAUAUCUAUUUAUACUUA